UGGGAGGCGCGCCUGUGCCCCUCGCGAACGCGCAUCCCGCUCCCCGUCGCAGCCGCGCCUCUGGCAGCCGCGCCUCCGCGCCCUCUGCCCCUCGCGCACGCGCGUCGCGCCCCUCCGUGUGACAGAGAGCCGGGUCAGCGGCCAUGGCGUCCGAGCGCCUGCCCAGCCGGCCCGCAUGUCUCCUCGUGGCCAGCGGCGCCGCGGAAGGUGUGUCAGCUCAGUCCUUCUUCCACUGCUUCACACUGGCCAGCUCUGCCUCCAACCUACAGGUGGCCACUCCUGGGGGGAAGGCAAUGGAUUUUGUGGAUGUGACUGAGAACAAUGCACGUUGGAUACAAGACUUCCGCCUUAAGGCUUAUGCCAGCCCUGCUAAGCUCGAGUCCAUAGACGGUGCCCGGUACCACGCCCUCCUGAUUCCCAGCUGUCCUGGUGCCCUGACCGACCUGGCCAGCAGUGGGUCCCUGGCUCGCAUACUGCAACACUUCCACUCUGAGAGCAAGCCCAUCUGUGCCAUUGGCCAUGGUGUUGCUGCCCUGUGCUGUGCCACCAGUGAGGACAGGUCCUGGGUAUUCCAGGGCUACAGUCUGACAGGGCCUUCUGUGUAUGAGCUUGUCAGGGCACCUGGCUUUGCCCGCCUGCCGCUGGUCGUCGAAGACUUUGUGAAGGACUCUGGUGCUGGUUUCAGUGCCAGUGAGCCUGACGCCGUACAUGUGGUGCUGGACCGCCACCUGGUGACCGGGCAGAAUGCCAACUCCACUGUUCCUGCUGUCCAGAAUCUGCUCUUCCUCUGCGGCAGCCGGUGAGGCUCCAGGAAGGGGUUUGGGUAGAUUGCUGCUUCGAGACUGGCUCCCUCUGCUGGGCAAUGUUGGAGAUGCUCUGCACGCUAGUGCUGAGCCUGGACCUCAUGUUCAUCCCAUAGGAAGUAAAUCUACACCUGGAUGCUAUCCCCUCAACGAUUCAGGUGGCCUAGAGGCAGCAGCUGGACUCGCCCUGGCCUCUUCUGCCAGCCCCCAAAGACCAUGCUAGUCCUCACUUGACGAGGGGCCCCCAUCUGGACCCUGUGGCAUGCUGGAGGCCUGUAUGAAUUAGACCUCUGGAGUAUCAGCUCCAACACAGGGACUGAUCACUACUUUUCUCAAAGCCCAGUACACAGUAUAGGGUGUGGAGGGUCUCAGCUAGCCAGGUAGUUUGAGAAUUCCAAGUUGAACAUUCCAGGAAGAGUGGUCCAUGGGAGGGACCCCAUCUGUAGAAUCUUAGGAUGGGGCGUUUCCCCUCUGUGGCCUUUUGGCUGCUCCCAUUCCUUUAAGUGUUGGUGGGAACCAUGGGGAAGGGGCCAGCAGGCUAGGGUGCUCUGAACUCACCCAGCUGAAAGUGAAUCAUAGCUGUUACUGUGACCCCAAACUGGCAGCACUCCUGCUGAAGUGCUCCCUUGUUUGACCCUUGUUGGCCUGUGCUUGGCAUGAUCCUGGGCCCUUGGUGUGGACAGUGAUGUCACCCUGCCCCAUAUGACAUGGGAAAAAAUACAUCAGUGAAUGUCA